GGGCGCCCAAGUAAGUUGCAGCAGACAUGAUCAAGAGUCAGAAGUCAAGAAUGAGAACAGCAAACACCCUACAACAUCGUACAAGAACUGUUCACUUGUUUGCUGCUUGUUAAAGCAGUAGUGCAUUUGAACCGCUGCUCCCUUGGCCGUGGAGAGAAGGCAUGAGCUCACCAGAACGCCAGGAGAGCCAUUGCCAGUACUUCCUGCUGUCCCCUGGCCGUCACGAGGAAGCUCAGGAUGAGAAUGCUAAUGUCAAUGUCACAAGGACAGUAGUGAAGAUUGCCAAAGGCAAAGCCAGGGCAAAGGCUUCAUUGCCAGGGAAGAAGCCGAUCACAAUGCGACCAAGCACCCCACCACGCACAAGACAUCUUGAAGCCAAGACUCCCGUGCCAAUGACCGCACGUGCACCUCGCACACCAAAGACAGAGCCAUGGGUGCCUUUGACAGCCAGAACGCCCGCGCGCACUCCCAAAGUGCGCUCACCCUCGCGGGAGAAGAGACUGGAGGAAGAUGAUGACCUCACUGCAUCUGUGGGUUCGGGACAUUUCAGUUUACAUUCUGAGACCAGUGGACACUCCCGACUUACCCAGUUGUCCCGGAAGAGUUUCUCCAAGCGAAUCCUUAGCUCUAAGGAGCUAGAGGAGUUGGAAGUCAUGGAGAAGAAGAGGCAGUUGAGUGCGAUGAUGCGACGGAAUCAGAUGAACUGCCGCAAGGCACUGCUUCAAUCGGACUUGAGCAGUGCAGGGCGCAAGCAGAGCACUACCAAGCUGACAGAGCCCAGGGAGUUCCAUUUCUCAUGUCCACCAACUCCUCGUUCUCCAUCACCUGCAUCUGAAAGGUAUGAUCCUGAAGAAUCCAAGGCUGAAUACUUCCCGCGCUUCUUGCGAGGUUCUUCAUCUUGCCAGUCAUUGGACAGUUGGAAGCCACAGCUGACAGUGCCCAAAGGCCCUCAGCUGCAAGUGGUCCGCCGCUUGAGCGCUCCUCGCCCCGGUCCGCAGGAGCCUGAGGAUGAUCCAAAGACUCCUCGGAGGCACCGAGUGGAGGUCCGCAAGGCCGCGGCCGAGGCGGAGCGCCGUGCAGUGAAGACCCCAGCAGCAGUUACGCGGCCUCGAGUCAUCGUCCAAGAUCUGGAGAAAGCCGAAAAGCCCUUGACCCGCACUGACGGCUCACCUGUGGCUGGAUUGGUCCAAAGUCGCAGCACCAAGAUUCUCAGGGGAAACCUCAUGGCACCUAGUCCUCGUGGCAUGCGCGUGAGCUUCGGAUCCAAGACCCCUCGGCCAUGCUGCCCAUGAUGAUGAUGAUGAUGAUCUUUGAGGGCUGGUCGAAGGCGAAGGCUUGCGGGAUGCCUUGAUGACGCAAGUAGUGGCUGCCUUGCAGCUCUCGGGGAGGCAGAGACCUGCCAGCUGAGAUGGCUCAGCGCUGCAUCUCUGCGUGGGAAC